AAAGUGAGCAGUAUUCCAUCUCAUCGUAAAUUCGAUUCGAAACCAAAAGUCCCCGACUCAGCAACGCCCCACCUCGAGAUCCCAGUCGCGACGGAGAAUGGGGACCGCCGCCGCCGUGCUCGACCUCGUCGCGCUGGUGCCCUCCUGGAGCGCGGUGGUGGUGCUCCUAGCCUACCUCGGCUACCUCGCCGACGCGGGCGCCCUCCUCCCCGGGAAGCUCGUCGCCGGAGCCGUCCUCCCCGACUCCUCCCGACUCCACUACCGCUGCAACGGUUUGCUCUCCCUCCUUCUGCUCCUGGGGCUGAUUGCGAUGGGUGUCUACAUGGAGUGGAUGUCUCCCACGGUUGUAGCUGACAGGGGACUAGAGCUGCUGUCAGCGACUUUCAUCUUUAGUGUCCUUGUCUCUUUCGCACUCUAUUUUGCCGGCUUAAAGUCCCGCCAUAAAAGUUCUUCUUUGAAACCACAUGUUAGUGGGAGCUUCAUACAAGAUUGGUGGUUGGGAGUGCAGCUUAAUCCUCAUUUCAUGGGAGUUGAUCUCAAAUUCUUUUUCGUGAGGGCUGGAAUGAUGGCAUGGUUAUUUAUCAACCUCUCUCUGUUUGCAAAGAGCUACCUGGCUGAUUCAGUCAACCUUUCGGUCAUUCUCUACCAAUUCUUUUGCGCGUGGUAUAUUAUAGAUUACUUCGUCCAUGAAGAGUUCAUGACUUCAACGUGGGACAUUAUUGCUGAAAGGCUGGGUUUCAUGCUGGUGUUUGGUGAUCUAGUUUUCAUUCCUUUCACUUUCACUCUUCAGGGUUGGUGGCUUUUGAGAAACAAAGUGGAGCUGCCCCUCUUGGCUUCUGUAGCUAACUGCUUCAUUUUUCUAAUUGGCUAUCUAGUGUUCAGAGGAGCUAACAAACAAAAACAUGUGUUCAAGAAGGACCCUAAAGCUCUUAUAUGGGGUAAACCUCCCAAAGUUGUUGGGGGAAAGCUACUUGCAUCUGGCUACUGGGGCAUUGCAAGGCACUGUAAUUACCUAGGAGAUCUACUGCUGGCUCUUUCAUUCAGCUUGCCCUGUGGUGCCAGUUCUGUGAUUCCAUACUUCUACCCCACCUACCUGCUCAUUCUACUGAUAUGGAGGGAAAGAAGAGAUGAAGCACGGUGCUCGCAGAAGUACAAGGAUAUCUGGGCAGAAUACUGCAAGCUUGUGCCAUGGAGGAUCCUACCUUAUGUGUACUAAUAAUUAGGGGGUAUUAUUACCAGUUGAGUUGCAUCAUUGUAGAGCCUAGCGCGGUGGAUCGUACGCUAGUCAAUCUUAUUGGUCUGGGAUCAUCUCUUGUUGAAUCAUCUGGCACUUAUAAACUAUGAGCAUGUACGUAAUGUUGCAGCCGGAUACCUAUGUUUGAAAUCAAGUACGUCUUCCGUCAAUAAUUUUGAUAUGCAAGCCAUGUAAGCUGAGUUUGUUGGUUUGUCUCAGGAUUGGUCUA